UUUUAUCUUCAGUUGCUUUCUUUGGCUGGAAAAAUUUAACCUCUAACCAUAAACACUUAUAAUCUGCCAGCAAUCAGAAACUAAAUCAACUUCUUUCAUAUAUAAAUUGCGAAUGAAAUUCAAAAUAAUCAUAAUCAAAAACAAAAGAAACAUACAUAAAACAAAAUGGCAAGAUCUAUAUGUUUGUGUAUCUUCUUAUUAUUCAUUACUUGGAUUCCAAUUCUAUCCACAAGCUUUCCGCUCUCCACAAAAACUCGAUGGAUCGUGGACGAGAAAGGCCAAAGGGUAAAGCUAGCCUGUGUGAACUGGCCAGCUCAUCUCCAGCCCGCUGUGGCUGAAGGGCUAAGCAAACAACCAUUAGACUCCAUCUCCAAGAAAAUUGUUUCAAUGGGAUUUAACUGUGUUAGACUCACUUGGCCUCUUGAUUUGAUGACUAAUGACACAUUGGCUCGUAAAAUCACGGUCAAGCAGUCUUUUGAAAGCUUGAACUUGUUUGAUGAUGCUCUUGGGAUUCAAAUUCACAAUCCCAAAAUCCUUAAUCUUCCCAUAUUCAAUGCAUUCCAGGAAGUGGUAUCGAACCUUGGACAAAACGGAUUGAUGGUGAUACUAGACAACCACUUGACAUAUCCAGGCUGGUGUUGCAGCGACAACGACCUCGACGCUUUCUUCGGCUACCCUAACUUUGAUCCCGUCAUUUGGGCCAAGGGCUUGGGCAAAAUGGCUACUCUUUUCCGCAAUGUCACUAAUGUCAUUGGCAUGAGCCUUAGGAACGAGCCACGUGGUACUAGAGAUUACCCUGACCUAUGGUUUAGGUUCAUGCCAAAAGGAGCAGAAGCAGUGCACGCCGCAAACCCUGAAGUACUAGUUAUCCUCUCCGGCAUAGACUUCGACACAAACCUCUCUUUCCUCCGUGACCGCUUCUUCAACGUCAGCUUCACCGAUAAACUCGUCUUCGAGCAGCAUUGGUACAGCUUCUCCCACGAGGGAGGCGCGUGGGUAAAACACAACUCCAACGAUAUUUGCGCCAAAAUCAUCGGGGAAGUCAAUCAUAAUGGAGGAUUCUUGCUCGACAGAGGCUUUCCUUUGAUUUUGAGUGAGUUUGGGACCGACGAGAGAGGCGUUGACGUCAGCGGAAACCGGUAUAUGAAUUGUUUGGUGGCUUGGGCCGCUGAGAAGGAUUUGGAUUGGGCGGUUUGGGCAUUAACCGGAGAUUAUUAUUUGAGAACCGGUACAAAACAUAUGGUUGAGACUUAUGGUGUUUUGGAUGCUACUUGGAAAAACGUCAGAAACUCUACUUACUUGCAGAAACUCUCCGGAAUUCAACAUCCAUUUAGAGGACCCGGUUUACAAGAGAAAAAACUUAUUUUGCACCCACAUACUGGCCUAUGUGUCACCAAUAACCACUCAGGCAAUGUACCCACACUUCGACUUGAACUAUGCACUAAAUCCGAGCCAUCGACCUUUAAUCCCAAGGAAGGCAUUCUCUGGAUCAAUAAAAUGUGCGUUGAAACUCCAGAUGUUGCUGGACAAAAGGUGAAGCUUGGAGUUGGCACUAAGUGCUCUAAGUUGGGACAAAUCUCAGCUACUAAGAUGCAUUUGUCGUUUAAGACAAGUAAUGGCUUGUUACUAUGUCUUGAUGUGGAUGAACGUGACAACAGCAUUGUCGCUAACCCUUGCAAGUGUUUGACUAAGGAUGCUUCGUGUGAUCCAGCGAGCCAGUGGUUCAAAGUUCUUUAAAUUCUAUAUAUUUUAUUCUGAUAAAAUGUAUUUGUAAUAAUUUUACGGUCAAACAUGUUAAUCAUUAAAAUUUAAUAAAAAAAUUCGCGAUUGGACAGAAAUCAUAAGGAAACCAAAGAAAUCAAGUUA